AUGAAACAUCCAUUCCAGAUUUUGGUGGCGGACAAAAACGGAGAACACUUGUUUGUGGGGGUGAAAAACCACGUGCUAGUAUACCGUUUAUCUGACGGCGCUUUGGUGGGCUCUUGGGUGGAUACUGUUGAUUUGCAGAGUGUUCAAGAACAAAAGUUCAAAGAGAAGAGAAAGGAGGAAGCUGCAAAGGAGCAGACUAAAGAAGGUUCUCCGGAAGAUUCUGAGCAACCAAAGAAAAAGGCAAAAACCAAUAAAAAGGAACCUAAGGUGCCUGUCCCUGGUCCUGGUGCGCCUACUAUCUACAAUUACAUCCGUUCCUUGACUUUAACAAGAAAUGAGAAAUAUCUAAUUGGAACCACAGAUAGUGACAAGGCUGCAGUUUUAUUUGAAAUUGACUUUGGCGAUGAAAAUUGUCUCAAGUUGGUCAAACGCCAAGUGUUUCCAAAGAGACCGUGUGCUGUAUCGACGACUAUGGACGAUUCUGACUUGAUUGUUGCUGACAAAUUUGGUGACGUGUACAGUUUGCCAAUUGACGGGGCAGAGCCUCUUGAUGAAAAAGCGCUAGUUCCGAUUUUGGGCCAUGUUUCGAUGUUGAGUGAUGUUCUCGUCGCUGAACACGACAAAAGACAAUACAUUUUGACCGGAGACAGAGACGAGCAUAUUAAGAUUACCAACUACCCGAAAUCUUACGUUGUGAAACAUUGGCUUUUUGGUCACCACGAGUUUGUCUCGUGCUUGCAUAUUUGUGAGUUUGAUGAUGAUCUUCUCAUCAGUGGAGGAGGAGACGAUUACUUGGUCUUGUGGAAAUGGUUCACAAAAGAAAAUCUUGCCCAGGUGGACCUUCGUUCCUUGGUGCAACCCUUCUUGACUGAUGAGCACUUACCUCCAGCAAGGUUUUUGGCUGACGACUCUCCGAUGGAGAUUUCCGUGGCCAAGGUUGCAACUUGUACCAUCAAUGGCAUACGAUUGAUCGUUGUUUUAUGUGAGAACACAAAGUGCCUUUUAACUUUUGAAGUCAAGGAAGACUUUUCCGUUGAACACAAGCAAACGCUUUCAUCCGAGCAUAAAUUGGUCGACUUUGUGAUUGUGAAGAACACUAUUUUUGCUGCAAUUGACACAGAAAGUGACGAUGAAUUACUAGAAUUAUUCAAGUUCAACGACUCUUCAAUCUUAGAACAUACAUCAUCUGACAUCAUCAAGAAAAUCUCGGUUGCAAGCGACUGCGAGGUUGAAUCUCGAGCGGAUUUCUAUCCAUUGUACUAUAUUAGCUCCUUAAGAAAGCGGAGUGAGCAUUGA